AUGAAAACUAAAUACUUUAAUGAUUCUUCUUCUUCCUCUCAACAAACAAUUAUUUUCCCCGAUUUAAAAACACCUCGACUACUUUGUAAUAAUAUUCAUGGAUUAAAAAUAAUCGAAUUGGAUCAAGAAAAUGGUGUUUUAACAUUUAUAAAUGAAAAUUUAGAAAUUAUUAAUCGUUUUGAUACUCUUGAAGAAUCAAUUUGUGAAUUAAAAAAGUAUUUAACCACUACACAACAUAUUAUUCAAAUACAAUAUAAUAAUGAUAAAGCUGAUCAAUUAUUAGAAGAAAUUAAUCAACUGUGUUAUUCUGAACAAUUUGAUCAUAAUAAUAUAGUUGAUUCAAUAUCUUCUUACAUUAAAGUUGUAUGUAAAUUACAUGAUAUAAGAGUAGAAGAAUCAUUAGAAGCAUUAAUUAUUAGACUAUUUUCUUGUUCACCAAAUGAUAAAGUUAAAGUAUUAAAAUUACUUUUUGAUCAUAUCCGGUGUCAUCCAUUAUGUUCAUGGGUUUAUAUAUUAUUAGGUCAUUUGAUAAAUAGUUAUAAAGAUGAUAUUCAAUCUCUAUUAACAAAAGAAAAGAUAUCAUCAUCUCUCUCUCAAAAGCUUCAUCAAAUUCAUGAAUCUCUCUUUGGGGGAUAUCUUUUUGAUGAACAAGCUCUUCCUUCAAUUAAAACUAUUGUCUUAAAUAGUUCUUAUUUAAAAAAUUCUUCUCAAGAACUUGAUAAGUCGUCAUACCCAUUAAUACAAAAUAAACGAAAGUCUAUCUUCUUCUCAAGUCCAAUGUUUCAAGAAGAUGAUACUUUCUUAAGAAGACAAAGUAGAAGUUUUCAACGUGCUAUCACUCCAAAACAUUUUGGUAAACCUCUUAAAGGAGGGAUUUCACAACAAUUAACAGAAGAAUUAUCAGGAUCAAAAAAUGAAAUAAGAACAGAAGCUAAACGAUUAGCCCAAGCAUUUUUUAAUGAAAGUCUUCCUUAUAUUCUUAAAGUAGAUCAAACAGGUGUUACACUACAAAAACAAAAAAGAAUAGUUAGAGAUACUGAAGAUGAAGGAAUAUAUAAAGAAGAAUUAAAAGAGUUAAAAGAAUUAAUGAAAAUUAUAGGAAUGAGUAUUGUUAUGGAAAGGAAUAGAGAUUUAAUGAAACAAAUUUGUCAUCUUUUAGUGACUAGUAUAUCAUUAAAAUUUAAACUAACAUUUUCUACAGUUGUUAUUAAUCUUGAAGAAUAUUUUAAACAUGUAUUUAUUUCAAGUCAAGAAAAUAUUAUUGUUAGUAUAUUAAUAUCAUGGGAAAAUGUUAUACAAGAAUCUAAAUCCCUCCGAGCAUAUUUUUUUUGUAUUUUAUUAAAAAUAUUUAGAAUUUAUAUGAAAAUAGCUAGAUAUCAAACAAUUGGAUUAGGAUUAUCAGAAAGAGUUUUAAUGCCUAUUUCUUUAUGUCUUCAACGUCCACAAACAGAAUGUUAUUUAGACUCUCAAUAUGACCUUUUAAUAGAAGUUGGUCGUUGUUUUAAAAUUUUUAAUAAUAAAUGUUUAAAUGAAACACAUUCAGUUCAUGCAAUUCAAUUAAUGUACGCACCUCAUAAUAUUGGUUUAUUAGCUAUUACUUGUAUUAAAAGAUAUCUUAUUGAUUGGGAUAAAGAAACUUCAAACUACCAAGAAAAUGUUAAUAAAUUACUUGGAAAAAAACGAGAAUAUUCAAUUCGUUAUUUCCAGGUUCUUGUUCGUUUAUUACAA